AUGGACUCAGGACAAGUACCGACUAGUUUUCUCGAAUCCCAUAUUUUCAGUAUCAGUAAGGGCGGUGAUCCGACCAAUCCUCUCAACUACAGACCGAUAGCUUUGCUGAAUUGUGACUACAAAAUCUUCACUCGGAUACUGGCACGCAGAAUGCGAAGUUACUUGCCGAAAAUGGUCCAUGAUACGCAGUUCGGGUUUGUGCCAAAGAGGACCAUCCACGGAGCUAUUGAUCUCUUUGAGGCAGCCAACGUUGCGGUGAAAGCUGCGGACACGGACGAGAUGCAGAAUGCGCAGGUACUGAUGCUAGACUUUGCUAAGGCCUACGAUUCAUUGAGCCGACACUUCAUGCUGGAGGUGCUGCAAGCUAAAGGUAUACCGCCCAAAUACUGCCGAGUCAUCAGGUCAAUACACGAGGGCACUACAGCACGUUUCAAGGCAAAUGGAGACUUGUCACGAGCAAUUACGGUGACUAGCGGAAUAAGGCAAGAAUUCCCACUCGCCCCUCUCCUCUUCAUCGUAGCGGUAGACUCACUAUAUGAUGAAAUAGAGUCUAAUCCAAUUCUACGUGGAAUCACUUUCGAGAACCAGCAGGACAAACCCCCUGAAGCUGCUGACCGGAACGAGGCAUCUACCCUGACAAUCGUGGGCUAUGCAGAUGAUACGGCGACUUACAUCACCAAUGCUGAGUUGUAG